AUGCAUUUCAUUGUCUUGGAUGACAUAUGGAACCCUCAGGCGUGGCGUGACUCAAGAAACUCUUUCCUAGAUGAUCAUAAUGGAAGCCGAAUUGUAUUCACAAGUCGAGUCCAUGACAUUGCUUUAUUAGCAAACCCUGGUGGUUCCCCACAUCAUCUUCGCUUAUUUACUGAAGAAGAAAGUUGGGAAUUAUUUCAGAGAAACGUGUUCCAACAAAAGAUCUGCCCUCCAGAACUAUGUAAUGUUGGAAAGAAAAUUGCAAUAGAGUGUAGAGGCUUGCCUCUUUCAGUUGUUCUGGUAGCUGGACUUCUCAGGAAAAUAACAAUGACUGAAGAUCAUUGGAAUGAAAUUGCAGAAAGUGUAAGCAAACAUAUUGGAGGAGGAAAGGCUUUGGACACAUUGGAAAUGAUUUACAGAUAA